AUGACGGCUGUUGAGAGUAGCCAACGUGUAAAGGAAGAAAAGGAAAAGGAGGAGGAGGAAUUACGUCUACAUCCACUUCAAGACUCGUGGUGUUAUUAUUUGUUCCAGUUCAAAAAGGGACUCCUGUGGGAUGCAUGUCUAGAAAAAGUGGCAACUUUCAGCACUAUUGAGCACUUCUGGAGUAUACUCACUCAUACAAUUAGACCAAAAGAGAUAACUAAUGGCAGCGAUUUAUAUAUGUUCAAAUCUGAAAUUAUGCCGAAAUGGGAGGAUCCGAAAAAUGAAAAUGGGGGACGUUGGCUAAUCAAUGUUUCUCCACGACAAGACGUCAAUGUCUUAUGGGAUGAAUUGUUGAUGCUUCUGAUCGGUUCCGACUGGGAUACAGAUGAAGAGGAUAAACAGAUAUGUGGAGCAGUGUUCCAACCACGGGCUCGGGUAGCAAGCUUUCAGUUUGGCUGA